UUGCCGUAGAUUUCUUGCCCCUCUCUACUUAAUCCGUAGCACUAAUACUAAAAAUCAUUGUAGUCGUUCUUACGCAGAAAUCUCCGAUUUGUUUGUGCCUGUCGCUUUCUCAGUUGGAUUUCUGUUUCGCCGACAUCUCUAGGUGUACGCUCUUUUAUUUGGAAGAUUUCUGCCAUAUCUGCCAUAUUUGAAUGGCUUCUUUGGAUGCAUCACUUGAUGACAUGAUAAGGUACAGGCGCAAUAGUGAGAGAGGUAGAGGACGAGGAAUGGCUUGGCGUGGUCGAGGGCGAGGAGGGUCAUUCAGUGGCAGAAGAAUGACAGGGGCACCUCGCAGAGGUCCAUUUGGGUUGAAUGCUCGGCCAUCAUCUUAUGCCAUUGCCAAGUCUUUCCGCAGAACGACGAAUUUUCCUUGGCAGCGUGAUCUGGUCGAAGACAGUCUUAGAGCUGUAGGAGUAUCAGGCACAGAAAAUGGAACGAAGUUAUACAUUUCAAACUUGGAUGUUGGAGUGAGCAAUGAAGAUAUAAGGGAACUGUUCGCUGAGAUUGGAGACCUAAAACGAUUUGCAGUUCAUUAUGAUAAAACUGGACGUUCAAGUGGUUCUGCUGAGGUAGUUUUUGUCCGAAGAAGUGAUGCAUUCCAAGCACUUAGGCGGUACAACAAUGUACAAUUGGAUGGAAAGCCUAUGAAGAUUGAAAUAAUAGGCACAAACUCAGAUAUUCCUGUUUCUGCUCGUGUCAAGCUGCCUCGCCUUCAUCGUCGGUCGCUUAAGCCGACCCCAUCAACGUCAAUGAUCAACCAUCAAGCUUUUAAAUUUGGCCUUCUUUUAGAUUGGCCUUUAUCACCACCUCCAGCUCUUAAAUUGGUUGUCGCCUCUAGCCCAGCAUCGUCGCCUAUCGCCGUCGUCGGUCGUCACCGUCCUUAUCCUCCGCCUGUCUUCCUUUGGGGUUCUUGUAACCGGUCUGAAUUUGGGGUUCUGCUCAGCGGUAUCACUUUUUGGGAUGUUCCAAAGCUAGAUCAUUACUGGAGGCAGGGAAGACAACUGGAGAUAGCCCCCAAUAAAGAAAGAAUGAUUUUAUUGUCUGGGUUUAUUAUUUAUUUGUUUUUGCUUUUAGUGAUGGCCAGGAGGGUGGAUUCCCUCGGAAGGCUAUUUGGAGAAUGGGAGAGUGUCUAUGGAGAUGUUGGUUUAGGUGUUACUGCAUAA